AUUUAUGUGAAUAGUAACCUCUUACCUUUCAAAGUUCAAACCACACCCUCCUCCAUAUGUAUAUAUACCCACUCCAACCAACCAAACAAACCCAAAACUCAAAUCCAACUCAAAAUCUCCUUCGCUUGCUUUACUUCCCUGCUCCUUCCUACCUCAUGGACUGGAUCAGAGGCCGGACCCUCGGCCGUGGGUCGUCGGCCACGGUUUCGCUAGCUUCAGCUGUCCAGUCCGGCGAGGCUUUUGCUGUUAAGUCGAUUCAGCUCUCACGAUCUGAAUGUUUGAAGAGGGAGCAGAGGAUUCUGUCUUGUAUUGGGUGUUCUCAAGUGGUUGGCUACAAAGGAUGCGAUGUCACCUCCGAGAAUGGUCAGCUUGUCUACAAUUUGUUCAUGGAGUAUGUACCCGGUGGCACCUUAACGGACGCAAUUCAGAAGCAAGGUGGUCAGCUCGAUGAGUCUGCAAUUCGAUCUCAUUGCCGUGAAAUUCUUCGUGGGUUGCAUUACCUUCACACCAAUGGUAUAGUACAUUGUGACAUUAAGGGUCGGAAUGUCCUAAUUGGGAAGGAUGGAGCUAAAAUUGCCGACUUGGGGUGCGCCAGAUGGGUCGACGAGGUAACGCCAUUUGCAGGAACCCCGGUCUUCAUGGCGCCUGAAGUCGCUCGUGGGGAUGAACAGGGGAUCCCUGCCGAUGUGUGGUCUGUUGGAUGUACAGUGAUUGAGAUGGCCACCGGCCGUCCCCCGUGGCCGGAAGUUGCCGACCCCGUUUCUGCCCUUUACCGAAUUGCGUUUUCCAAAGAUACGCCAGAGUUGCCGAAUUGCUUGUCCGAGCAAGCAAGGGAUUUCUUGAGCAAGUGUCUAAUGAGGAAUCCAAAAGAGAGGUGGACGACUGCACAGCUUCUUAAGCAUCCAUUUCUGGGUGAAUCCAAUUCUCAUUUCAAGCAAAUCCAGGGCGCUGAUUCGGAUUCUCCCACGAGUAUAUUGGAUCAAGGCUUCUGGGACUCACUUGAGGAAUCGGAAACACAUAUAAAUUUCAAUUCUUUGAAUUCUCCGGCCGAAAGGAUCCGGCGGUUAUGUGGGGGCAUUUCAUCGUCGUCUCCAAGGCUGCCCGAUUGGACCUGGGACGAGAAUUGGGUCACCGUGAGAAGCAGCACCAAUAACAGCAACGAUGGAGAAGAAGAAGAGGGGAAUUCCUUGAGACGAGAGCAGAACAUGAUCCCUGCCGAUGAACCAACAACGAGUGGUGGGCCAUUUACAGUUGAAAUCAGUAAGGAGGAGGGGCUUAAUUUUAAUGGAAGCCUUGUCGUGAAUGGAGAUUCCUUGAAUUACUCGGUUAAUGAUAGUUGUUGCAGAGUAGUUAGUGGUAGGAGAGGCUCUGUUCAGGCCUGUAAAUGUAAUAAAGUGAAUGUUUUGUCUAGAAGCAAUCUCAAUUAUGAAAGACAUAAAAAUAAUUCAUUCUCUCUUUAUUCCCAAUUCUCUUUGGAAAUGAAAUAAAAUAAAACCAAAC